AUGCAGCUCUCUUCCAGCGCGGCUGAGCUCAGCUGUGACGAGACGAUGGAGCCACCCUCGGAGGACUUCCAGCAGGUCCUGUCCAUCGACCAAAUCCGCUCCAUCCGUGCCAGCAACAACUAUGUGGAGCGACCGGCCGGCUGCUGCCAGCAAACCCGCUCCAACCCUUCCCUGGCCCAGCCGCCUCCCAAACACGAGUGGUCCCAGGACCGCCUGGCGUCUUCCACCUUCCAGGACCUGCACCUCAGUCACCAGAUGCCACCUUUGCAACAACACAUGAGCCAUUCCAGCACGGCCAGCUCGGUCUCCCAAAGCACCACGACCUCCGACCAACGGCUCCUCAGCAGCCUCACCCCUUCCCACUCCGGCCAUUCCCUCAUCCGGACGCAGCCGCGGGCGGGGGAGCCGAAAGCCGAGGAGUCGCCGCUGAAAGGGGUCCCGGAGAAGCCCUCCCUGCAGGGCGGCCACCACCUCCUCCUCUGCGAGGAGUGCGGGCGCUGCAAGUGUGGCCGCUGCACGGCCGCCCGCAGCCUGCCCUCCUGCUGGCUCUGCAACCAGCGCUGCCUCUGCUCCCCCGAGAGCCUGCUCGACUACGGGACGUGCCUGUGCUGCGUCAAGGGGCUCUUCUACCACUGCUCCACCGACGACGAGGACACCUGCGCCGACGACCCCUGCUCCUGCGGGCCGGGCUCCUGCUGCGCCCGCUGGGCUGCCAUGAGCUUCCUCUCCCUCUUCAUGCCCUGCCUCUGCUGCUACUUUCCUACCUUGGGCUGCCUCAAACUGUGCCAGCGGGGUUAUGACGGUCUCAAGCGACCCGGCUGCCGCUGCCAGAGCCACACCAACACGGUCUGCAGGAAGAUCUCCUCCUCCGGCAGCACGCCUUUCCCCAAGACGCUGGACAAGCCGGUAUGACCCUGCCAGGGAGGAGAAGAAGGCUUUCCUC